CGCAUAAACCCGUUUAUUUAAUUGGGUCGGUUUCAGGUCGGGUCAACCCGAACCCAACCCGCUUAACUUAAAACCCUAAUUUUAAAAUAUGGGCCAAGCCCAAAUUAUCUAACCCUAAUUCCCUAAAGACCUAAAGUCCUAAACGGCUAAAACAAUCCCCUCUUUCUCUCGCCGCUUUCUUUCACUCAAACUCUCUCUCUUCUCAGUUUCUCUCUCUUCUCUCCUCUCUUUUCUCUCUCUAACUCUUGAAGAUUGAAAUAAAAAUGCUUGAACCUUGAAGAUUGAAGCUUCAUCUCAAACAUUCUGAAGAUGGCUAAUAGCCCUAAUCCUGAUGAACCCAUUGAUCUUCCGGAUUCUGAUUCAGAUGAUGAAGUCUCUGAUUCUCAUCAAACGGAAUCAAAGAAGAAAACCUCUAAUGUCACCUCGCUGAAUAAGCCUGGAAUUCAUUUCAAGCGCCAACGAAAGCUCACUUCAGAUGUGUGGGCAAAUUUUGAAUUCCUUGAUAAACCUGACGAACAAGGUAACAUCAUUUGCAAGUGUAAAAAAUGUGGGCAGAAAUAUAAUGCUGAAAGUAGGCAAGGAACUGGUAAUUUAAAACGCCACAUUAAGAAAUGUAAAAAAAGGACCUUUAAAGAUGUGGGUCAGAUGAUUAUUGAUUCAAGCAGUUCUGGUUCUAUGAUGAAUAGGGUUCCUACAAUUGAUUAUGAUAUUGUUCGUGAGAUGUUGUCUAUUGAUGUGGUGAAACAUGAUUUGCCUUUUCAGUUUGCUUAAUAUAGUGCUGUUAGGAAGUUGAUUAAUUACAUAAAUCCUGAUGUUAAACUUGUGUCUCGAAAUACUUUGAAGGCUGAUGUUCUGAAAAUGUUUAAGAGGGAAAAAGAUAAACUUAAGGAGGA